ACAUUUCCGCUUGUUUAAUUUGUAAGAUUUAAUAUUUUAAUAAUUGUUUUUAAAGUGUACAACAACUAAACUGAGUUCUAACAUUUCAUCGGAUCAAAAAAUUACUAUUAAAAAUUUGCAUAACCUUAACUUAAAGAUGUUGUCAUACAGUCCAUUUUGAAACACAGACAGAUGAAGGUUCAUCAGAAGAAGAAAGAUGGAUAAAAAAAGAAAAUGGGGAGAAUUACCAUCAGUGCCUGAUGUAGAUGCUGGAAUAGCUGCAGUAGAACGUGAACAGCUAACAAAACUUCGACCUAUAGAAGUAGAGGGACCAAGACUACACCAGCCAUCUUCUAGACAUUGUCCUCCUACUAAUGAUCCAUUACCUGCAGAAAGAUUUGAACUGGAUCCUCUAACGGCUCAUACUAUCAGAUUGGUACAGCAUGCAAAGAAAGUACGACUUUUGAUCAGUAAUUUACAAACAGCAAACCAAGAAAAUAGAAAUGGUGAUACAGAUAUUCAGUACCCUACAGCUCCCCCUAUACCAGAAUACACUGGUCCUCCAUUAAAACAUAACAAAUAUGGACAUUUACCAUUUAUCCCGAAAGAUUAUGAAAGUGAUUUUGUAAAAGGAAAAGGGGAGCCUCCCCCAGUGUUAGAUGAUGUUACUUGCAGACGUCUUGUUCAAAGAUCUGUGGCAGCCAUAUUUGCUCAUUUGGGAUUUGACAAUUGUAAUGAAUCAGUAUUAGAUACAUUAUCGUGUAUUUUACAUGAAUUUUAUCUCCAGUUCACCACUCAUCUCAGAUCAGCAGUCGACAGUAAAUUAUUACAUGGACAUGCUGGUUUUCCUGAUCUUAUAGAACAAGUUUUCCAUGAAAUGAAAUUAGGCAGUGUUACAAACUUAAAUGACUAUUAUCAAUCAAGAAUUAUAAACUACAGCAAAAAUAUGGAACAUACAUGUCAACAAUUAAUGCAAGAGUAUGAGAAAUUAAUGCAACCUGUGACACAGAAAACACCUGAUACAGUACCUGUUAUAAGGAUAAAAGAAGAACCAAGUUCAGAGAUUCAGUUUCCUGUGUUUGAUGAAAAUGAUGAUAUAACAGAUGAACAUUUAUUACAAUUAGAAGGUUUAAGUGGAUUUGAGAUAACAGUUGAACAUGAGCCUACAGGUGGACUUACUACUGAAUCAGAUUCAAAAUGGACGGUCAUUAAAAUUGAACCACCAGAAAACAAACUUAUAUCUUUAGAUUCAUAUGAUGAACCAGGAAGUAUAAAAAGCCAGCCUCCACAAACCCCAUCACAUAGUGAUGCUGGUGAUAGUAUAGCAGACCCUUCAUCUGUACCUGUGUCAGAUAUCAUGUCCCCUCCCUCAGAACCCCCUAAACUCAAGAAAAGGAAGAAAUGAAGAUUUGCUGUUGUUUAUGAAAGACUGU